GCUUGUUGGGACACGACCAGAACUGGGCUCCCUGAGGGGCCUCAACACUGCUUACUCACUGACAUUCGAGGACUUUUCUCAGUGGUAUAUAAGCCGCUGAAAAAAAAACCACCCUCCAAAACCUGCGGAGGACAGUAUCCAAGAGACUACAGAUUUAAAGAUCGAGGAAAUGGAGUUCAGGGCUUCGCUUCUGCUUACCUUCCUGGGACUCUCGUUUGUGGAGUUGGGGUUUGGACAAAGGUGACAUGGAUAUCAAUGAGUGGUUCAGAGAUAAAGUGGAAUUAAUAAAGAACUUGGAGGACAAACUUAAACAAGUAGAAAAACGGCAGAAUGAUGUUGAAGCUUUUGAGGCCAAGCUCAAUGCGACCGUAGAUGAGGUGGCGAGACAGAAAGCUGAAGUGGACAGGCUGAAGAAAGAGAAUGAAGGCCUGAAAACGAGACUGGAUGCCACAGAGGAGGAGAUUGAUAAGCUGAAGCAGAGCAAAGCCGCCCCUCAGAUCGCGUUCUCGGCCUCUUUGGCAAACGUCGGGGAGAUUUACAGAGGACCCUGCACGGACAAGGCCCUGAUUUUCAAAAGGGUCUUCUCAAACACUGGCAAUGGUUAUGACCAAAAUACAGGAAUCUUCACAGCACCAGUGAACGGUCUCUACUUCUUUAGCUUCAGUACCUAUGGCUACAACACUCAUGUCAUGGGGGCCAUUUUAAUGAAAGACGGCGUUCGCCAAAUUUCAACCUAUGAUAAUCCGUCAGCUGACGGCUCAGACAGCAGUAGUAAUGCUGUUGUUCUGCAGUUGGCUGCUGGUGAUAAGGUGUACAUGGAACUGUGGGAUAACGGCAGAGUGUUCGACAACUUGAAUGGACAAACGACCUUCAGUGGUUUUCUUGUCUUCCCUGUGUAAAUGAUUAGAAACAAUGCAUUGUGUUG